GUGGGCGAAAAAUCGGCGCUCCGGUGGUGACGCCGACCAUUGGAGAUGCUCUCACCCUCCCCGCAGCGCCACCCGCCCGUCUUGUCCCUCUGCUCCUCUUCCACCCUCCAAUUCCGUAAUACUAGCACACCUGCUGCUCCGAUUCUCACCCGCAUCUCCGCCGCUACCACCACCGCCGACGUGCACGAUUCCGCUUCGAUAUCUACAACCACCAGUUGGGUAGAAUUUGCUGAAAAGGUGUCGGGAGAAUGGGACGGAUUUGGGGCCGAUUUCACGGCGGAGGGGCAAGCGGUGGAAUUGCCAGAAUCGGUGGUGCCAGAGGCGUACAGGGAGUGGGAGGUCAAGGUCUUCGACUGGCAAACCCAGUGCCCCACCCUCGCUACCGCUGACAACACCCCCUCUCUCACCUACAGAUCCAUCAAACUCCUCCCCACCGUCGGAUGUGAAGCCGACGCCGCCACCGUCUACACCUCAGAGGAGAGGCACAUUUCGGCACGCCAUGGCUCCGCCUUCGCAUAUGCAUCCACCGGAUGUUACGUAGCAGUUGAUUCUUCACUCGAAUCAAUUGAGCUGGAGCAUUGCCUGAUUGAUCCCAAUAACAAAGAGUCUAGGGUGAGGGUAAUUCAGGUGCUGGAUUCCGAGUUGAAAUUGGUCCGGAUCAAAGUGUUUGUGGAGCAGUGGUAUGGCCCCUUCAGGAACGGGGAUCAGCUCGGUGGAUGUGCCAUUCGCGACUCGGGCUUUGCUUCAACGAAGCAGCUUGAAGCUUCUCGAGUUUGUGGUGUUUGGCAAGGCACCAGCGCCGUUGCCAGAUUUGAUGCCUCUCACAAUAAUAUGAUCCUACAACUUGGUGAUGAACGUGCAAGCAAAUCAAUCAGAGAUGAGGGGGGCCUUGUAUUACUCCCCAAGCAAUUGUGGUCCUCAGUGAAGAAGAGAGAAGACGGCAACGGCGAUAUAACCUGCUGUGAAGUCGGAUGGUUGUUAGAUGAGGGGAGAGCCAUCACAUCAAAAUGCAUCUUUUCAGGCAAAGCACUGCUUAAGGAGAUUGCAAUAGCAAAUGAAACUGCAACUCAAAUAUAAUAUCGCAGCGAAUACCAGCUUGUCUCCGUUAUGAUCAUACCAAGUGCAAUACCUUAGAAACUACAAAUACUCUGAUUUUGCAGUAAUUGGUGGGUAUUUUGUUAUUAUAUAUUUGCAAGUACUACUACUAUUACUCUAUGCAUUUCCAGAAAAAUUAAUGAGAAACUGAAGGGGAAAAACAAUUGUAGUUUCCA